AGCCAAUCCGGUUCUUCCAUCCAGCCCAUGAUCCCCUGCGCCCCCGGCCGCCUCGCGCGUGUAUAUAUAAACGCCCGCGCGAGCCCCGACCGGCCGGGCCCCGUGCGUGCGUUCCUUCCGAGCUGCUCGUCCGAUCGAUCGCGAUGGGGGACGACGACGGUGCUUGCGAGGCGGUGCUGCAUGGCCGGCGGCGGCGAGGUGAAGGGGACCGCUGGGAUGGCGGCGGCAGCUGGGUGUCUGCGGGGAGCACGGCGGCGGGGUCCGCGUCCGCCGGGACGGUGUCUGGCGGCGGGUCCUCGGCCACGACGUCGCCGCUCUUCUCGUCGGCGUCCAGCCUCACCGACGAGGAGGGCGACGGCGACGGCGCCACGUCGUCCUCCUCCCGCCCGGAUCGUGCCGUCUCGUCGUCGUCCUUGUCCUCCUUGACGUCGUCGGGGUCGGAAACGGUGCAGAUGGGCGCGGCCGGCGGCGGGACGCCCGGGCCGCUCUACGCGCUGUCCACGAUGCUAGAUGAUCUUCCGGCUCUCAGAACAGGGCUGUCCAAGUACUACAAGGGAAGAUCCCAGUCCUUCACAUCGCUUGCCGAUGUCAGCUGCGUGGAGGAUCUCGCGAAGAAGACCACCCCUUACAUCAGAAGGAAGAAGCAGACGCCCAGGUGCUACGCUGAAGUGCUGGGCGCCAAGAACCGGCUGUCGAAGACGAUAGCCAAAAAGGCGCCGAGGGGCAAGCCACCUGCAUACCAGGGCAAGGGAGAGAUGUACAGAUGCUAGGCCAUGGCAAAAAAAAUGUAGGCGGCUCAUGCCAAUGAAUUGAGAUAGGUACAGCACUGAGCACACGUUCAGUAGGAAACCUCCUUGUGUUCCCUCGUCAGUAGAGCUUUCUCAAAUCGAUUUAGUAUUUGCCUCUCAUGUACAUAGGUCACUGUCCACUGUCCAGUUUGUGUCUGCAUCCUUGAUUGGCUGAACUUAAAGCAGAGCAGAUUCUUGUCAAGCUUAACCCCGAGGGCAA